AUGUCUCGCCCACCAACAGAAGAAGAGAUACUCGGGGUCUCGCGCACGGUCGUGGACAUAUUUGAUUCUGUCGGUCUGAGGUGCUGCCUCUUUGGCAGCGCUGCCUGCUACCUCUUCGGGGUGAACCGGACGCCGAACGACAUCGAUAUCGUCGUGUUCACGAAUGACUACGAUCAGGAGGAGCUGAAGGAAGUCCUCGUCAACGGCGACAAUGACUUCUUCUUUGUGGAUUCACGCAACCCAAACGCGGACUACCGCGUCCUGUGGUGCUCGCUCCGCCCGAGCCGGCGCGGGAAUCCCCGCAGCUGCAAAGUCGAUGUCCUCAUCCCCGGCAACCUCAACCUCCCUACAGUGCCGCACAGGCGCGAGAAGAUCAUCGACGAUCUGCCGGUAAUGCCCCUCAUCCCCCUUCUCCUGCUCAAGCUCCAGGGCUGGGAGCACCACCGCGACUCGAAUCGCGCGGACCAGCGGGACAAGCAACACGUCGACGUCGGGGACAUCGGGGAGUUGCUCGAGAUCGCCGUCAAUCGUAACCAGAAGAUCACGCAGGCCAACCUGAAGUGGAUGCCGAGGUCGCUCAUCCGCGACGCGCAAGAUCGCGUGUAUGACUUCUGCCGUGCGUAUCCGAACUACGAGGACGAUUGGGAGAUGGUGGGGUUCAGCGUGUAA